CUGACUACAUCAUGAUCUUUUUUUACACAUUUUACAAAAAAUGGGAAGGUUAUUACACGUGUACAGUAAAGGAGAAUAUGGAUACACAGAAAACAUGGACAACAGAUCCCGUGUACUUAAAGUCUCCAAUAAAUGAAAGCAAAACAGCUCCAGCAAGAAUCUAUACAGUAGAGACUGAUUAUCCUCAGACAUUGGUAGAUAGUGGUGAGGAUGUUCGGUUCCAAUGCCGUGUUGAUGGUAAUCCAGAGCCAAAAGUCACAUGGAAAAAGAUAGCAAAUGAGGAAUUUAUGGCGGUGGGACCUGUGUUACAUUUUCCGUCUAUAACCAGAGAGGACCAAGGACAAUAUAUGUGCGUUGCUGAUAAUGGAAUCAGAAAGACUAACAAAACUGCACGUCCAAUAUAUGUUAGAACUUUUAAACCAGCCAUUACAUAUGCCAACACAACUGGAGGUGUUAUAACAUUACGACCGGAUGAAGUAAACUAUAAUUCGCCAGAAGAAAUCAAUAUGGAGUAUAAAGAAAUGGCAGUUAUAAUAGAAGGUUAUCCUGAUCCACAAGUUACUUGGUGGAAGGUCAAUGAAAAUGGUAGAGAGCAAUUACCUGAUAAUAUCAGAAGUUACUUUGACCGUGGAUUUGAAUUCUACAGUGAACCUAUGAAACAUGAUGAUAGUUAUUAUCCAGAUGAAGGAAAGAAAUCAAAUGGGUUCCGAAUCUAUAAUUUUUCUCCUAUAGACCUUGGAACCUAUGUCGUGAAAGCAGAGAACCAACUUGGUACAGCUGAGUUAACAUUUACAAUGAAACUUGAGACUAAUUAACAUAUAACUUGAGGAUAUGAAACAACAACCAGAAUUAACCAGCCUUUCUAUCAUCUAGUUAAUACUUUUCUAAUUCUAAAAUAUAAUAAAAGAUUUGUUUGCCA